GAAUAUGAUCCCCCGUCCGUGAGCUUUGUAGCUGCGCGGUUGGGCUCGAGAUUUCCUCCCAUUUUUACGAACCCAGAUGGCCUACCCCUACGCGCGCACGCCACCGCGUGAUCCAAGGACCGUACCUUACCUGGACGCGAAGCUACCACUGUUCCACUUGCGGGCGGCAGGGCACCGCCGUCUCCUUCCUCCCACCUUCCCCUCCCACGAGUCUAGACGGCACGGCAGACCCCUUCAACGUCCCAACUCCGCGUCCCCGCCCCGAUCCCACUGGCUCCGCUCGCCACAAUACUAGCGGUUAAGUAACUAACCCCUUCUUCCUCCCUUGUCCACUCCGCUUCUCCCCAUCCAAGAAACAGCGCCAACAGCUCCACCCAUCGAGGAGAAUCAAGAAACCGCGCCGGCGUGGUGAUCAAGGACAUCCAUCGAUCGAUCGACCGACCCUGCCUUGCCUGAGUCAACCCGGCGGCAGCCAUGAACAACCUCUUCUCGAGCUCGUGGAAGCGGGCGGGCGCGGGGGGCGACGGGGACCUGGAGUCGGGCGGCGGCGGCGUGGAGAUGACGGCGCCGCCGGGCGCCGCGGCGGGGGCGAGCCUGGACCGCUUCUUCGAGGACGUGGAGUCGAUCAAGGACGACCUGCGGGAGCUGGAGCGGAUCCAGCGCUCCCUCCACGACGGCAACGAGUCGGGCAAGUCGCUCCACGACGCGUCGGCGGUGCGCGCGCUCCGCUCCCGCAUGGACGCCGACGUGGCCGCCGCCAUCAAGAAGGCCAAGGUGGUGAAGUUGCGGCUCGAGUCGCUCGACCGCGCCAACGCCGCCAACCGGUCCGUGGCCGGGUGCGGGCCGGGGUCGUCCACGGACCGCACCCGCACCUCCGUCGUGGCCGGGCUGCGCAAGAAGCUGCGGGAUGCCAUGGAGUCCUUCUCCUCCCUCCGCUCCCGCAUCACCUCCGAGUACCGGGAAACCGUGGCCCGCCGCUACUUCACGGUGACGGGGUCCCAGCCCGACGAGGCCACGCUGGACACGCUGGCGGAGACGGGGGAGGGGGAGCGGCUCCUGCAGCGCGCCAUCGCGGAGCAGCAGGGGAGAGGGGAGGUGCUGGGCGUGGUGGCGGAGAUCCAGGAGCGGCACGGCGCCGUGGCGGACCUGGAGCGGUCCCUGCUGGAGCUGCAGCAGGUGUUCAACGACAUGGCCGUGCUGGUGGCGGCGCAGGGGGAGCAGCUGGACGACAUCGAGGGCCACGUCGGGCGGGCGAGGUCGUUCGUCGACCGCGGGCGCGAGCAGCUGCAGGUGGCACGCAAGCACCAGAAGAGCUCCCGCAAGUGGACCUUCAUCGGCAUCGGCAUCCUGCUCGUCGUCAUCCUCAUCAUCGUCAUCCCCAUCGUGCUCAAGAACACCAACAAGAGCAACAACAACAACAGCCAGCAGUAGUGGUAGGAACAGCCUGUGGAUCUGUUGUCUGUCUCUGAUGAUCCUGGUCCUGGAUUGCUUCCUGGUUGUUGUUGUUGAUUGUCUUUUGUGGAAUUUUUUGCGAUUGUAAUUACUCCAUCCAUGUGGUUCGUUGAGCCACUCGAUUAUUAUUUCAUGACUAUAUACUUUUCGGUGAUUUUCUUUACUGUAGUAGUAGUACUCCCUCUGUAAAAAUAAUACUAGAAAUGUUUAGAUCAGUUACGUACUGUAGUGAUCUAAAAAGUUCUUAUA